CGCACCCAAAAAAACAACAAACCAAAGCCUUUUCUCUACCUCUAUCCAUGGCGGCAGAGAGACUUCCUCCUCCUCCUCCUCCCCCUCUUGCCGCUGCCGUAGUUUCUGCACCGACUGGUGCUGUUCCAGUUACAGCUGCUUCUCUGAUUUCAACAUUGUGUCCCAAAAGAAGAAAAACGGAGUCUUCCCAAGAAUUUGCGGAAACGUCGAUCGAAGAUCUCCUGGAUGACAAUUUGUUGCUCGAGAUCUUUUCUCGCCUCGAUGUUCAAUCUGUUUUACUAUGCAGAGCCGUUACCAAGCGCUGGUUUUCCUUGAUCUCCGACCCUCACUUUAUUCAUCGCUUGCUUCACCGUCACGAAUCACUCUCGAAGUCACAACCCUUUACGCUCUUGUUUCAGUCUGACCUUUACCAACCCAAUCUCAACAAGGACACCAUCCGACGAGUUGGAUUCAACUACUUGAACUCUUCUGUGCUGAAAUCCUUCUCUAACCGAAGAGGACCCUUUCUGAAUUUCCUGCCGAUUUCCAACGAGAAAGUUCGAAUCGAAGCCUCCGUCAAUGACUUACUGUUGAUUUCAUGUCUGCGCCACGAAGAGAAGGGUUCGCCUUUGUAUCGCUAUUACGUUUGCAAUCCAGUUACCCGGCAAUGGCGCCUGCUUCCUCUCGGCCGGUUGUCCAAAGAACGUCCCCUUGUUGCCGUCGUGUGCAACCCUGCCCAACCCAGCAACUACAAGGUCGUUCGCGUUUGUUCCCAAUUCAAAGUGGAGAUCUUUUCUUCCCAAAGCGGUGAAUGGAGCCGCUCGUUUCCGGUGAGUUCGAGAUCCUUACACCGCCCGCGCAUAAGGAGUCUCGUCGCCGGCAACCCAAUGCUCUAUUGGCUUAUCGGAGACAGACAGAAUUUCUGCAGUAUUGCUGCGUACGAUCCGUUCAGUAAUCCAAGCCAAUGCAAAAUAAUUGACGCACCUACUGCUGUUUCGGAGGAUCCGAUCUACAAUCACGUCCUUGGAGUGAGCCGAGGGCGUCUGCUGCUAGUCGAGAUGACCCUCCCGUCCGAAGUACAUGUUCAUCUAUUGCGCAUUUGGGAGCUUGAAGAUUACAGCAACGCAGGGACGACAUGGUGCAACACGUAUAACAUCUCGUUUGGUUCAUUCUCGGCGAGGUUUUUAGCUAAUGACCCCUGCGAUGAAAAUGUUUUCUUCAUAAAAUGGGAAGACUACGUUCUCCAGUGUGACAUGCAGACGAGGAGGUUCACAGUAAUCCUAAAACGCGAAGACAGUCUUCGUGAUAUGCCUUGGGAGUCUGUCGUCACGCUGGCGCAUCCAAAUCCAUUGUGUCCCACGCCAGUUGCGGUGCCGCCGAUGUUCUCGCUGUCGUAGAUUCUUUUGAGCAUUUUUUUUUUCUGCUUCAACUCCUCAACUCCUCAACUCCUACUUAAAUACUUGCUAUGUCCAUGUUUAAUAUGUAAGUACAAAAGUUGGUAGAAUGUUAACCUCCUUCAACUUCAUUGAUUUUGAA